AUGUUUCAAAAAAGGCCAAACACAGCACCACCAUCCCAAUACCCAGAACAGAGAAUAGACCUCCUGAACAUCCUGGCGAUAUCGCACGGCGUCGAAAUCGAGAGGCACCUCUCCGAGAUCAGGGCACAGAGGGGCCAGCUCCACGACGCGCGCGACUGCUUCCAACGGCUCGGCCAGACGAUACAGGAUGCGAGCGCCGACCUGGCGAGCUUGCGCGUGCCGGACGAUGACCACGGAGGCCGCACGCGGGAUACGCUGGAGAACACGUUGACGCAGCAGCUCGUGCUCAUCACCACGCAGCUUGAAGACGUCGAAGAGCAGAUUGCCUACUCGUUCGGCGCCGUGCCGACUCCGCCGCCCGGCGGUUCAUCCCCGAACCAGCCCCCGCCGAGGGUGCCACUUUCCCCUCAAACACCUCCGGACCGAGAUGCUCUUCUCGACACCCUGACCGUUUCUGGGAACCACAUCCAAACCCCAAGACCGGCCAAUGAUGGCAUUAUUUCUCUUCUGUCUCCCCCACGUGAUUCGAGCAAGUAUGAACCAUGGCCGACGGCCGACCCGAACUACGCCGCACCCGCGCUGGAACCUAUCACAUUCCAGGGGCAACACGGCUCUUCACCUCGUCUACCCGGAGACAUGUCCGGCGCCGCGCACAUCGGGCGACAAACCGACGAGCAAGAAAACAAAAUCGAGGCAGAGAAGGUUGCGGGAUGGAAAGCCCAGAUAGGCGAGGACAAAUUCGCCCCUGACAUACCCGAUAACCCACGCAAGAGACCCCGCGACGAGCUCCAAGACACGCCGAACAAGAAGCCGCAUGUAAACGAAGAGUCUGUCCCGACGGGUCUCUGGGGCGGACAAAACCAAGGAGAAGGGGGUUGGGGCUUCAAAAACCUCUUGAAGAUAAUCAACCCGUUCCCCUCCAAAGUCGAGGAUCAGCCGACGUACACCGUGGCAAACGACCACAUCAUCAAUCCUCACUCAACAACACCCCAAGUCCGCGCCCACCAAGAUCCCGAGCAAGGACGAAUCCGCAUAUCAGCCCUACGAACAGAUUUCCACCCCUCAGACCAUCAUGCAAAAGCAACCCGAGACGCCCUCGGAGACCUCAUCGCGCUCUUCGACUCGUCACCGCACCGCCUACACCCAGACGACCACCGCCCGCGCCAAGGAAGCUCGCGACAACGCAUACAAACCCUCCUGGACGCGCUCAACGCCAUUCACGUCGAAUAUUUCGACGUUGCCGACACGCGGCUCGGGAUGGAGGAGCUUCGUAGGUACAUCGACACCACAAACCGCGCCAGGCCGAGGAACAGGGCAGAAGAGGCAGAGAAGGAGGCCGCGCUGGCGGGCGCGGCGGCGUCGGUGGCCGAGCUUUACGAGACGCUGGAUUGGCAAGUGCAGUUCGCCGCUAAGGUCUUCGUUGGCGGGGAGGAGACGGCGGGCGUGUUCGCCGACUGGAUCAGGAAUGCGCGAGAGAACUUUGCUGAGGAGCUGGAGUUUGGGGAGAGGGCCAGCCAGGUUCCGAAGGGUUCUUACCAGGGGCGAGGAUUCGGGAGACAUUGGAGCGGGGAGGUGUGA